CAAGGAAGCCGGUCUCGGAAUUCUUGAUGGUUUGGCUCCCGUGUUUCGCGUUGUUCAACCUCUACGUCGAUUAAUCUUCAGAGUUCAGUGCGAUUUGUUUGGUCAGGGUAACAGAUGCAGAUUCUUUUUCCCUUUUUGUUUCGACCACGGAUGGUUGCUCAAUUCAGCAGCUGGCAUGAUGUUUUGGCGUUGGAAAGUCUCUCCCUCUUUCUGGAGUCGUCUUCCUCCUUGGCCUCUGACUCCGAGCAAACCAAGCAGGUGCUCGAGCAGUUUUGACUGGCCUGACCGACCGAUCGACUAGUAGCGGGCUAGUGGCCAUGGCGCCUAGCUUCCCCUAACCCUAACCGCAAUUCCGAUGGGAUCCCAGCCGCCGGCCUCCCGCGCGGCCCUCGAGCCCCUUGCCACGCUCGACCCCGCAGCGCUCGCCGGCGUCCCCGCCUCCUCCCCUCUCACCGUCCGCGCCGCCGCCCUCUCCGCCCACCUGCUCUACCUCGGCACCGGCGGCGGCAAGCUGCUCCUCUUCUCCCUCCAGGAUCCCUCCAACCCCGAGUUCCUCCGCCUCCUCCCCAUCGGCGCCACCAUCCCCGUCUCCGCCAUCCUCCCGCUCCCCUCCGUCGCCCGCCUCCUCGUCCUCGCCGACGGUCUCCUCCUCCUCGCCGAUCCACUCCUCACCCGCCCCGUCCGCCGCCUCGGCUCCCUGCGCAACGUCGCCGCCGUUGCCGCCCGCCGCGGUUAUUCCGCUGACCCGGCCUCCCCGUCAUGCUCCAUCGCCGUCUCCGUCGGCAAGAAGCUGCUGCGCGUGGACCUCACGUUGCAGGACGGCGACGAGCUGGAUGUGCAGACGCGCGACAUCGCCGCCGUCGAGGGGGUCAAGGCGCUCGCUUGGGUUGACGACUCCAUCUUCGUUGCCACUGCAACUGGGUACUCGCUCUUCUCUAGCACCGCCGGCCAGGGUGUGGGCAUAUUCACGCUCCCAGAAUCCUCGGGGCGCCCAAGGGUAAGGCCACUCUCCGGCGGUGACGAGGCGAUGCUCCUGGUGGAUAAUGUGGGCGUGGUUGUCGACAAAUUUGGCCAGCCGGUCGGGAGUAGCUUGGUGUUCAACACCACACCGGACUGUAUAGCAGAGGUGUUCCCCUAUGUGAUUGUUGCUGGGGACUCCAAGGUGGAUGUAUACAGGAGGAGAAAUGGCGCGCACCUACAGACAGUUCCUGUUGCCAGGACUGGUCAAGGCAUUUUGAUUGUGGCUAGCGAUGACGAUGGGAUUGGCACGGAGCUAGUUGUGAUUGCUACGGCUUAUAAGGUUUUUUGCUACCGUAAAGUAUCUGCAGUAGAGCAGAUUAAGGCAUCCUUACGAAGAAAGAACUACAAGGAAGCUAUUUCUCUGCUAGAAGAGUUUGAGACAGAUGGUGAAAUCUCAAAAGAUAUGAUCUCCUUUGUCCAUGCACAACUUGGAUUCUUGUUGUUUUUCGACUUGCGUUUUGAGGAUGCAGUUAAUCACUUCUUGCUCUCGGAGACUAUGCAGCCAUCAGAAAUAUUUCCGUUCAUCAUGCGGGAUCCUAACCGUUGGUCAGAUCUGGUGCCAAGAAAGCGUUAUUGGGGUUUGCAUCCACCCCCUAAGCCCCUCGAAGAAGUUAUUGAUGAAGGACUGGUAACAGUUCAACAGGCAUUGUUUCUGAAAAAGGCAGGUGUUGAUACAGUUGUGGAUGAAGAUUUCCUUUCAAACCCACCAAGUAGAGCUGAUCUUUUGGAACUAGCGAUCAGAAAUAUUAUCAGGUGUGAUUCAUGCAUGGUUUAUAUUCAUUGUGUCACUGGGAAGCCACAUCUAACUGCAGAAAUGCUGAAUGAAACCAGGUACCUAUGUGCAUUGCGAGCGAAAAAUCUGUCAUCUCUGGAGAUGGAAGGAAUUGAUACUUUUCUGAUGUAUCUUUAUAGAGCACUCGAUCUUGUUGAUGACAUGGAGAAGCUUGCAUCAUCCCAGAAUAGCUGUGUCGUGGAUGAACUGGAAUCCCUUUUGGAUGACUCUGGACAUUUGCGGACACUUGCUUUCUUAUAUGGCAGUAAAGGAAUGUGCUCCAAAGCUCUUGCUAUAUGGCGUAUAUUGGCAAGGAAUUACAGUGCAGGUUUGUGGAAAGAUCAGUCUGAAAAUGGUUCUUGUGGAACUUCGGUUGACAAAAGGUCUGAGGAGAUUGCCGCUAUUGAAGCAGCCAAGAUCCUCAAAACAUCAUCCGAUGAGGACCUUGUUCUGGAACAUCUUGGAUGGGUGGCAGACAUUGACCAAGAGCUGGCCAUUGCAGUUUUAACAUCAGAGAUGAGGGAAAAUCAACUCUCACCAGAAAAGGUUAUCGCUGCUGUUGAUACAGAGAAGGUUGUGAUACAUCAAAGAUAUUUGCAAUGGUUGAUUGAGGAUCAGGGUUGCGAUGACCCUCACUAUCACACAUCAUAUGCUCUUUCGCUGGCCAAAUCUGCAAUUGAAGCAGUUCAUAUGGAGUCUAAAUAUAGAGCGAAAGGUGAUAGAGAAAUUGAUUCUGAUGCACAAUUCAUUUAUUUGUUAAGAGAGAAGUUGCAGUUGUUUCUGCAAGCUUCAGACCUCUAUGAUCCAGAAGACGUGCUCGAUGUGAUAGCAGAAUCUGAGCUAUGGCUGGAAAAGGCAAUAUUGUAUAGGAAGAUGGGACAAGAGAAUAUUGUACUUCAGAUACUAGCAUUGAAACUGGAGGAUAGUGAAGCUGCCGAGCAGUAUUGUGCAGAGAUUGGUCGAGAUGAUGCCUAUAUUCAGCUUUUGGGUUUGUAUUUGGAUCCUCAGAAUGGGAAAGAGCCUAUGUUUACAGCAGCUGUACGGCUUCUUCAUAAUCAUGGGGAAUCUUUGGAUCCCAUGCAAGUAUUGGAGAGAUUAUCCCCCGAUAUGCCUCUUCAGUUGGCAUCAGAUACAAUUUUACGAAUGCUGAGAGCCCGAGUGCACCAUCAUCGUCAAGGGCAGAUUGUUCACAAUUUAUCGCGUGCGACAAACCUCGAUGCACGGCUGACAAGAUUGGAGGAGAGAUCAAGGCAUGUGCAGCUAACUGACGAGAGCAUCUGCGACUCCUGUCGAGCUCGCCUCGGCACCAAGCUAUUUGUGAUGUACCCAGAUGACUCGGUGGUUUGCUACAGGUGCUAUCGGAACCAGCAAGGUGAUUCUUCGUCAGGGCGUGGUCGUAGCUUGAGGAAAGAUGUUCUAUUUAAACAGAGCUGGCUUGUCAGUAGAUAGAUAGCGUUGGAUGAAGAUUGCUGACUGGUGGGCAUUCUCCUGCAAUUGCUCACGUUGUUUGUCCACAUCUUGAAAGUCGAGGUCGGAGCUUGGAGAGGCACUCGCAUUCCACAUAGGCCCUAAGAAUGUAACGUAUGUUUGCCCAUAGUGUCUUUUUUUCUUCCCUUUUUCUUCUGGAGGUUGAAUGAAUACGAUAGAGGAGCUAUGGGGAUGUGUAGCCUGCUCUAGUACUUGUAGUACAUUGUUUGAUAGAUACAAAUUAAUAUACUGCUACGAGAGAGAAUGAGAGAUGGUAAAUGGAGGCUGCUGUUGAGGAACUCAAAAACUAUUUAAUUUGUGUAUGAUGAUGUGUCACCCGAUA